AUGAGCUCAUUCCUCUCGAAGCUCGAGCGCCCAUUUAAGGAUGCUGCCAAGUUCCUUCGGCGACGGAACCCCGACAGCCUCUCAAAACGUCCAAGCAACACGAAAAGUCAUAAACCCUCGGUGAUUCGGGCUAGUUUGGAUGUGAUAUCUCAGCGAAACCAUUCUCCAGAUUUUCCCUUGCAUCAGACGGCUGCAGCAACUUCCGUUACAGAGAAGAACGCUCCUGCGACGGGUGGGGAUCGCAUAUUCGAGCAACUGAACAGUGCUACGCGCGAAGCACCACGAGAGCAAUCAUUAUCUCCCGAUGGGGACUCAGCCCCAUUAGCCGCUAAUCCGGUUAUUCCGAGUCAAGUCGGGAAACCUCGCGUGCGGCUCUGCAAUCGUAUGAACUCGGCAUGCAUUAUCGAAAUCACUCGCGAUGCCAGUGGUGAAGUUUGCGUGAUCCUUCGAUCGGCCGAGGAUCCCAUUCCUCCCCCAUCUCGGUCGACAGCGCCUAGGUGGCGUCGUCGUCAUAUUCCGUUGCCCGAUAUUCCAGAGCUCUCUCCCCCUACAGCGGACGAUAGCCCGUCGCCACCCGCCCUCGACAUCGCCUUCAGUGGUAUUCACGCGCCUCAACGAUCGCCAUUAUCACCAUUCUUGGAGUUAGAGGAGCUAUCAUCUGAGGACUUCAAAGGCAAUGAAGGCGAUGUCGGUGAAAUGGGUGAUGCCGAAUCCACGGAUGAUAGCUCCGACUCGCACCAGCUCGCUUUUUGGGCGUCGUAG